AUGUUUGCUAAAUUAGCAAUCCUUUGCACUUUUGUGGCAGUGUCCACAGCUGUUUUCGUACCAACUGCAGUACACUACUCACCUGCUAGUGCUGUUUCAUCACAAAGCAUUGUGCGCCAUGAUCAACCCUCACUGGUUGCUGCCAAAGUUUAUACCCCAGUGUCUAAGUUAGCCGUUGCCUCCCCCGCUGUCUACCAUGCUGCCCCUGCUCCUAUUGCUUACCAUGCAGUUUCCACCCCCAUCGCCUACCACACGCCCAUCGCUAAAAUUGUUUCCCAACAUGAACAAAUUGUAAGUAUAAUAUUCAUUACUCGGUUA